UUUGUUUUCAUUCGUGAAUUUCUUAUUGAACGGGGUGUAAAUUAUUGCGGAUAGAAAAAAUACGAUUAAAUAAAACGAAUUCCCAAAAAUAUUUUAGCAAAUUAAGCAGUGCAAAUAAUUAUUUUACAUAAAAUAAUUACACAAUUUUUUUAGCUUGUAUUUAUAAAUUGUGUGCAAAAAAUUUUGGUUCUAAUUAGAAGAGAAAGUGAAAAAAAUACAAUUUCUGUGUAAUUUUUUCUUUUUUUUUAUAAAGAAGAGUGAAAAAAUAGCGGAAAAGAAAGAAAAAAAGAAGUGUGUCUCGCCUGAGUGGAAAAUGUAAUGAGAGUAGUUGUGUGAGUGCGUGUUUGUGUGUGUUUUUUGUAAAAACAAAAAGAAUAAAAGAGCAAAAGCAAAUAAGAAAAAGUAAGAUAUUAGAAAAAAGUGAAGUUUUUAUGCAAAAAUUAAAUUAACACACAACAAAAUGGGUACAACCACACAACCAAUUAUCAAUAAUUCUGAAGAUAGAGCCAAUGCGAGUGGUAAUAUUAUAAAUGACCCUGUUUUGGAAACCUCCAAUCCGGACACAAAACCUUACACUAAUACAACAACAACGGAAACGACAUCUGCGACUAGUACAACAACAACUACGUUAAUAGAAGCAAAUAACACCAGCACCACCCACAUUACUAAUGCUGAAACUGAGUGUACAUCCAGCGAUGUGACGGCACAAAACAUCAAAUUAUUACCCAAAGCAUCACCACCUCCACAAGUUAUUAUUAUACCAGCCAAUGAAGCUUCCACAGUGGCCACAAAUGCCGCCAAGAAAAUACGUCGUGCAUUUUCCAUGCCACGCAAUCCUUUUCGUUGGUCGCAUAAGCUAAAAACAACUGCAACUAAUGCAGCCGGUGAUCACAAAAGCGCAGGAAGAGCUCAAGAUUCUGGCGGUGGAGAAGUGAAAGGCGGUGGAGGUAGUGGAAUCACAGGAUUUUCUUCCAUAACCAAAUCCUACACAUUAUCUUCGUGUGUAGGUGGCAAGAGAGAAAGAGCCGACAGUUUUGUAUCUCUUAAUAGUAAUGAUGACAAUUAUGUACCCACUAUCACCAAUAUUAACAUCACCACUACCACAGACAACAAGGAUACACAACAAAUUCAAUCAGGCAUACAAUCGAAACAAGACGAGAAAGAAAAAUCUAGUAGCAGCGUCAUUGGCAAAAGCGCAAACAAAAAGUUUAACACAAAAUCGAAUACAAUUAAUGGAGUUUCAAGCCUCUCAAAUUCCUCAACCCUGCCGACCGGUGCAUCAUUAUUCUCAACUUUGCCGGCUGGAGCUACCAAUAGUGGCAAUAAUAGUAAUUCCAAUAAUAAUAACCGAGUGUUUAGACGGUCAUCAUUUCGUAAAUUUAUAAAUCGUAUUGCUCAGCAUAUGACAGCUUCGUCUAAUAAACCUCAUGCCGCAACCACAGCUAAUGGUCAUACAAUAUCAUCGACCGCAGAUCGUGUGCCGCCCAUUAGUGGUUAUCAGUGGCCUAAUGAUCAAACGCCUGGUGUAAUGGGUCUAAAAAAUCAUGGUAACACUUGUUUCAUGAAUGCCGUCUUACAGUGUCUCAGCCAUACAGAUAUUUUGGCAGAAUAUUUUGUUUUGGAUCAAUACAAGGCAGAUUUAAAGCGCCGCAAUAAAAUUAAUUCACGAAAAUUUGGUACAAAAGGUGAAUUAACUGAACAAUUGGCUAAUGUUUUGAAAGCCUUGUGGACUUGUAAAAAUGAAAGUGAUCAUAGCACUAGUUUUAAGGCUGUUGUUGAUCGUUAUGGCUCACAAUUUCGCAGUUCAACCCAACAUGAUGCUCAAGAAUUUCUAUUUUGGCUUUUGGAUAAAGUUCAUGAAGAUUUAAAUACCGCCACAAAAAGACGUUACAAAAGUGUCAAGAACAACUACGGCCGUCCAGAUGAGAUAAUUGCUGCCGAAACACUGGCCAAUCAUAUACGUUGUAAUAAUUCCUUUGUACAGGCUGUAUUUCAAGCACAAUUUCGUUCAUCGCUGACCUGCCCACGUUGUAAAAAGCAAUCGAACACCUUCGAUCCAUUCCAUUGUAUAUCGGUGCAAUUACCCCAACUAACGCAACAGACAAUCUUUGUCACGGUUGUCUACAUGACUCAGCAACCGCGACAAGUACGCAUGGGUCUGACAGUCACUGCCGGUUCACCCAUAAUGGCCCUAAGGGAGCAAUUGCACAAGGAUACGGGUAUACCGAACGAACGUAUGGUAUUGGUUGACCUGCAAAAGGAAGGAUUUAUACGAGUUUUCUACGAUACACAGCCAGUGAAUACAUUGCAAGGUAUUGAAACUAUCUAUUGCAUAGAAGUACCAUCAGAGAAGGAUGCUAAAAUUGAAGGUACGACAUCCCAACCAAAUAUAAAUAAUCCACAAUCUGCCGAUUUGUUGGUGCUGGUGGCAAAUGUUAAGAAAAAGAAAUUGGAAAAUCCAGAGAAUGCGGAGAAAAAAGAGAAAUAUUCCUUAGAACGUUUUGGUGCUCCAUUUAGUUUACAAGUACCCAGAGAUUGCUCUUAUUCGGAACUCCAAAAGAAAUUGUUAAGAGAAAUGUCUGGAUUGUUGAAGCCAGAAGUGUUUUCCUAUGCCACACCUUUGAAUGAAAUGUUUCAAAUACGUUUACAAGACCCCUCAGCAGAUCCGGAUACUUUUAUAGAGCAAGUAGAACAUCCUUUACUAACCGAAAUGAUAGACUUGGCCUUGUCUGUAUUGUCAGCAGAAGCUGGACCCACACAUGUAAAACUGCUGUUAGAGUGGCAAGAGCCGGAGACACAUUUCUCUGAUCUUUCCGAUCAAGUGGUUGAACACGAAAGUGUACCAAGUCUUUUGGCCAACAAGACAAAAGAUACAGCGGCUUUAACUUUGGAACAGUGUCUGGAACAUUAUACCAAAGCUGAAACAUUGAGUGCUGAAGAUGCCUGGCGUUGUCCCCACUGUCAGGAAUACUUACCGGUUGUGAAAACUUUAGGCCUAUGGUCUCUGCCCGAUAUAUUGGUAGUACACUUUAAACGUUUUCGCCAACAUCAUGGCAAAGGUGCUAAUGCCGCCAAAUUGACUACUAUGGUCAACUUUCCUCUGCAUUCAUUCGAUAUGUCUCCACAUUUGGCUAGAGGAAUAAACGAAACAAAUCCUACCAGCAACUCCCUAUCGGCAGAUGUCGGCAAUAGUUCAGUUUUCAAUCGUCCAAGUCCCUGGCGCAAAUCAAAGCCUGGCGAUUCACGUUCUUCCACACUAAGUUCUCGCGAAAAUCGCGAGACGCGCUAUGAUCUAUAUGCCGUCUGCUAUCAUCAGGGUGAUACAUUGGAAACGGGUCAUUACACUGCCGCCUGUAAGAAUCCUUACGAUCGUCAAUGGUAUAAAUUUGACGAUCAGCGUGUGUCUAAGGUCUCCAGUGAGUCUUUGCCCGACGAAAUAGUCAACAAUGAGGCCUAUAUGCUGUUCUAUCAACGUAGAACCGCUGAAAAUACAGAGUGUUCUGGUUCCAGUUCGAAUUCCAGCGAUCAUUGGGUAUCACGUAUAGCACCACCAGAUCCAGUGGCAGUUACAGCCUCCUCCACCGUUGUGGUACACAAUUCUGUGGAAAAUAAGAAAAAUGAGGCUGACACCGUUAAACCCAAAACUAGCGUAGAAGUUGAAUUAGAGGUUAAGUCAUCCGACACUAAAGAAAUAGACAUUGUUAACCCCUCUAAGGAAAUCCAAGCAGAAGAAAUUAAUGCUCAACCUAUAAAGGAAGAUGAAAUACCAAUUGCUACAAUUUGUGCUCAAAAUACAAGCACUGAAACUAAUUUAGAUGCUUUAGAAAAACUCUUAGAUUAUGCCGAUGCCGAUAUCAUAAAUGAAGAAACAGACGAUUUGGAAGAAAAGUUAGAGGCAUUAGAAAUUAAAGAAAUCGAAGAACAUAGCACAGAAAUCUUUACUAUGGAUGAAGAUUGUAAGCUAGAUGAAGAGGAACUAGAAGGUAAACAAAUCAAUAACACAUUGCUAACUAGCCAAACAGAAGCAUCAACAACUCAGCUUAGUUUAACUAAUGGCUAUGACAAAGAUCUUAAAUCAAAGUCAGUUUUAGUAACAAAUGGAGAUGUCAAUACCAACAAUGUAAACAAAGAAAAAACACCUUCUUCCUCAGCUACAUCGUCUUCGUCGUCUUUAGCCUCGCAAUCUGCCGCACCCAGUUCUCUGGCAGUCUCUAAAGAUGCCGCCAAUAAUUUACAAAAUAAAUUCAAUGGAUUUCUACAAUCUCCUGCUAGCACGACAGCAAAUGAAAAGGAACAUUUGCUAUCAUCUAGCCUGAAAAGUAAUAGUAGCAGUAUUAUCGGUUCUGCUUUGGCAGGACACUUUUCCACGUAUCGCCAACCCUGGCAUGGCAGUCGCUCAAGUGUGUCGGCAGUUGAAAAUGCCAUGCAGCCAUCAUCAACAGCAGUUGCAGCACAACAUCCUUCGCUGCAUCUCAGACAUUCCUUUUCUACAGCUUCCAAUUAUCGUUUGCGGGAAUGCGGUGACACAUUAUCUACGGUAUUAAGAAAUUCUGUUAAUACCUGCAGUAAAGAUACUUUAAUAUUUUUGGAUCAGCAACAGCACCAUCAUCAUCAUCAUGCUGCCCAUCGUCAUCAUCAUCACCAUAGCCUAAUGGAAGACGAUGAUGAUUCAACAUUUAUGGGUAGUCGAUCAUUAUGGAUAUCACCCGUAACGCCGCAUAAACUAAUAACAGUAUCACCGAAAAAUUGAGAUACAAUUUAAACAAAAUAUAUAUAAGUUUAUGUUAUAUUUACAUAUAUACUUGCAGAGGAAAAUUUAUAUUAAAAUAUCCGAAAAAAUAACCACAUUAAUAACGAAACUAAACAAUUUUUUUUUUAAUAAUAAGACAGACUCAUUAUGAGAAUUACUUUACAAUUAUUAAUUUUUAAGAAGUAAAAAUUUACAUAUAUACAAAAAACAUACACUUAUACACUUAAAAAAAAUAACAAAAUGUUACAAAAUAAUGUGUUUUUUUUACAUAAAUACUAUGUAUUAAAAUUAAUUAAAAACAAAAUAUGAGGACAAAAGAUCUAUUACAAGCCAUUAUUAAUAUUAAAUGUUUAAUGUGUUGAACUAAAAAAUAAAACAAAAGUUUAUACGAUUUAUACAAGAAUUUAAAGCAAAAAAACCAAUAAAAUAAUAAACAAUAUAAACAAUUAUUUAAGCAUAAGUUAAAAAUUGUAAUAACUAAUUAUAAUUAUGAUUCAAAAACAAUCUUUUCAUGUUAUUUCUUAAAAUCAAAUUUAUAAAAUAUAUAUAAUUAUUUAUAAAGUAUUAUUAAAUUAUAUAAAAACCCCUUCCUCCCCCCUCCAAAAAAAAAAACAAAGAUACGUAACUUGUUUUUGUAGCAUAUUUUGGAAAUUAAGAUAGAGCAGAAGCAGUUAAAACCAAAUUACAGGAUUGAUCGCAUAGAAUGUGUGUGUUUUUUGAUUGUUCAAUUAAAAAUAAUAGCAAAAACAAAUAUUUUAUAGUAUUUAAAAAUAUUAUAAAUAAUUAAAAUUAAUUGGAGAGAAAUUUUAACAAACUAAGUACAAUGAUGUAUGUGUAUGGUAUUUAAUUGAAUUAAAUUAUUGGAAAAAAAAAACUUAAAUAAAGAAAAAAACAACGUAAAAAUGAAACAAA